GGUGCUGGGCACCAGCCUGCGGUACCGGAUUUACGAGGAGCAGAGGGUCGGCUCGGUGGUCGCGCGCCUCUCCGAGGACGUGGCCGACGUGCUGCUGAAGCUGCCCAACCCGGCCUCCGUGCGCUUUCGAGUCAUGCAGAGGGAGAACCCGCUGCUCGUGCUCAACGAGGACACCGGCGAGCUCAGCAUCGGGGCCGCGAUCGACCGGGAGCAGCUCUGCCAGAAGAACUUGAACUGCUCCAUCGACUUUGACGUGAUCACGCUGCCCACGGACCACCUGCAGCUUUUCCACGUCGAGGUGGAAGUGCUGGACAUCAACGACAACGCCCCCCAGUUCUCCAGAGCCCUCAUACCCAUCGAGAUCUCCGAGAGUGCGGCCGUGGGCACCCGGAUCCCUCUGGACAGCGCGUUUGAUCCCGAUGUCGGGGAGAACUCCCUCCACUCGUACUCUCUCUCGGCCAAUGAUUUCUUCAGCAUCGAGGUCCGGACCCGCACCGACGGGGCCAAGUAUGCGGAACUCAUCGUGGUCCGGGAGUUGGAUCGGGAGCUGAAGUCGAGCUACGAGCUUCGGCUCACCGCCUCCGACAGGGGGGUCCCCCAGAGGUCCGGCUCGUCCGUGCUGAAGAUCAGCAUCUCGGACUCCAAUGACAACAGCCCUGCUUUUGAGCAGCAGUCGUAUGUCAUACAACUCUUAGAAAACUCCCCCGUGGGUACCUUGCUCUUGGAUCUGAAUGCCACGGAUCCAGAUGAGGGCGCCAAUGGGAAAAUUGUGUAUUCCUUCAGCAGUCAUGUGUCUCCCCAAAUUAUAGAGACUUUUAAAAUUGACUCAGAGCGGGGGCAUCUGACUCUUUUCCGGCCAGUGGAUUACGAAAUCACCCAGUCCUACGAGAUCGAUGUUCAGGCUCAAGAUUUGGGUCCGAAUUCAAUCCCGGCCCAUUGCAAAAUUAUAAUUAAGGUAGUGGAUGUCAAUGACAACAAGCCUGAGAUUAGCAUCAACCUCAUGCCCCCUGGAAGAGAAGAAGUAUCUUACGUUUUGGAAGGGGAUCCCGUUGACACACCUGUUGCUUUGGUCAGCGUUCAGGACAAGGAUUCUGGGCUGAAUGGAGAAAUAGUUUGUAAGCUUCAUGGACACGGUCACUUUAAACUUCAGAAGACUUACGAAAACAAUUAUUUAAUUAAGACCAAUGCCACGCUGGAUAGAGAAAAGAGGUCUGAGUACAGUUUGACUGUGAUUGCUGAGGACAAGGGGACACCGAGUCUCACCACGGUGAAACAUUUUACUGUUCAAAUCAAUGAUGUAAAUGACAAUCCACCACGCUUCGAGAGAAGCCGAUAUGAAUUUGUAAUCUCAGAAAAUAACUCACCGGGGGCAUAUAUCACCACUGUGACAGCCACGGAUCCUGAUCUGGGAGAAAACGGACAGGUGACCUAUACCAUCUUGGAGAGUUUUAUCCUAGGACAUUCCAUAACUACGUAUGUAACCAUUGACCCAUCUAAUGGAGCCAUCUAUGCCCUCAGAAUGUUUGAUCAUGAAGAAGUGAGUCAGAUCACUUUUGUGGUAGAAGCAAGAGACGGGGGGAGACCCAAGCAACUUGUAAGCAAUACCACAGUUGUGCUCACCAUCAUUGAUGAAAAUGACAACGUCCCUGUGGUGACAGGGCCUGCACUACGUAAUAAUACCGCAGAAAUCGCCAUCCCCAAAGGGGCUGAAAGUGGCUUCCAUGUCACAAGGAUAAGGGCAAUUGACAGAGACUCUGGUGUGAACGCUGAACUCAGUUGCUCCAUAGUUGCAGGUAAUGAGGAGAAUAUCUUCAUAAUUGAUCCACGAACAUGUGACAUCCAUACCAAUGUGAGCAUGGACUCUGUUCCCCAUACAGAAUGGGAGCUCUCAGUUGUCAUUCAGGACAAAGGCAGUCCUCAGCUGCAUACCAAAGUCCUUCUGAAAUGCAUGAUCUUUGAAUAUGCAGAGACCGUGACAAGUACAGCAAUGACUUCAGUAAGCCAGGCCUCCCCGGAUGUCUCCAUGAUAAUAAUUAUUUCCUUAGGUGCAAUUUGUGCGGUGUUGUUGGUUAUUAUGGUGCUCUUUGCAACGAGGUGUAACAGAGAAAAGAAAGACACUAGAUCCUACAACUGCAGGGUGGCAGAAUCAACUUACCAGCACCACCCCAAAAGACCAUCCAGGCAGAUUCACAAAGGGGACAUCACAUUGGUGCCCACCAUAAAUGGCACCCUGCCCAUCAGAUCUCAUCACAGAUCGUCUCCAUCGUCAUCGCCCACCUUGGAAAGAGGGCAGAUGGGCAGCCGGCAGAGCCACAAUAGUCACCAGUCCCUCAACAGUUUGGUGACAAUCUCAUCCAACCACGUGCCAGAGAAUUUCUCGUUAGAACUCACCCACGCCACUCCUGCUGUUGAGCAGGUCUCCCAGCUUCUUUCAAUGCUUCACCAGGGGCAAUACCAGCCAAGGCCAAGUUUUCGAGGAAACAAAUAUUCCAGGAGCUAUAGAUACGCCCUCCAAGACAUGGACAAAUUUAGCCUGAAAGACAGUGGCCGUGGCGACAGUGAAGCAGGAGACAGUGACUAUGAUUUGGGACGAGAUUCUCCAAUAGACAGGCUGCUGGGCGAAGGAUUCAGCGACCUGUUUCUCACAGAUGGAAGAAUUCCAGCAGCUAUGAGGCUUUGCACGGAGGAGUGCAGAGUCCUAGGUCAUUCUGACCAGUGCUGGAUGCCACCGCUGCCCUCCCCAUCCUCUGAUUAUAGAAGCAAUAUGUUCAUUCCAGGAGAAGAAUUCCCGUCACAGCCUCAGCAGCAGCAUUCCCAUCAGGGUCUUGAGGAUGACACCCAGCCUGCAGAUUCUGGUGAGAAAAAGAAGAGUUUUUCCACCUUUGGGAAGGACUCCCCAAAUGAUGAGGACACUGGGGACACCAGCACUUCCUCUCUGCUCUCAGAAAUGAGCAGUGUGUUCCAGCGCCUUUUGCCCUCAUCCCUGGACACCUAUUCUGAGUGCACUGAGGUGGAUCGGUCCAACUCCCUGGAGCGCCGGAAGGGAUCCUUGCCAGCCAAAACUGUGGGAUACCCACAAGGGGUGGCAGCCUGGGCAGCCAGUACACAUUUCCAAAACCCCACCAAUAGCAGCUCUGGGCCCCCACUUGGAACUCACUCCAGUGUGCAGCCUUCUUCCAAAUGGCUGCCUGCCAUGGAAGAGAUCCCUGAAAAUUAUGAAGAAGAUGAUUUUGACAAUGUGCUCAACCACCUCAAUGAUGGGAAACACGAACUCAUGGAUGCCAGUGAGCUAGUGGCUGAGAUCAACAAAUUGCUUCAAGAUGUCCGCCAGAGCUAGGAGAUUUUAGCAAAGCAGUGUGGUUUCCAUAUGUAUGGAAAUGAGGGACAGAAAAAAAAAAAGCCUGAAAGAGCUGGCGUUGCCAAAUAGUUGCAUUUAUCAUAAAUGUGUCUGUGUAUAUUGAAUAUUAAAUACUGUAUUUUCGUAUGUACACAAUGCAAGUGUGAUUAUUUUAAUCUGUAUUUUAAAAAUACAUUUGUACCUUAUAUUUAUGUGUAAUUUAACAAACAAAUUUUAUUUUUUUACUCCCAUGACGAACAUGUUUUUCCUAAUCAUGUAGAAACUAGCCAUGUUCAAAUCUGAUAUACUAUUCAAUUGUCAUGUGUAAAGGCACUGCUUAGAUUAGUUAUGCUGAGGAAGGGUUGCUAUGCUGUAGGAGAAACCCCACUAAAGCAUUAUACAAUUCUUAAUUGUAUUAAAUGAUCCAACUUUUUUCAAUAAUGCUUUAAAAAUUAGGCAUUGUUAAAAAUGUUAAGCUAUUUUAUUAUUAUUUUCACUGCUCUCUACUAGCUCCAGUGGUUCAACUCUUAAAGCAAAAUCGAAACAUGAAGUGGAAUUUUAUUUCUGGACUGAGAAGUAUCUCAAAGGAUAUUUAUGAGAUGACUAUCUCAAAUGAAUUUUUCAUAGACAGUGAUGGAAACACAUCUAAAGUCAAUGUUUUCUGACUCCCAGAUUCCUGCUGUUUCUGACCAUCACACUAGACUGUUCCUGAGAAUAUUUCUUCUGUAGUAUUAUGGUCUACUUAUAAUUAAGGUAAACAAUACAUUUCACUCCAUCUUUGUAAUAUGAAUUAUGCUCCAAGGAAAUGGAAUCUGUCCCUCAAAUGGAUAGUAGCAUGUAUUCUGACAGCAUCAAGUAUUAAUGGACAAAGACAGUUGUGUCAGUGUCCCUCCUAGGGUAGUAAAUAUAAUUGAUUUAUUCUGAAACCAUUCUAUUUGAAUAUUUUCCCCUUUCUGUCUCAAUACUUGAAUACUUUUAUCUUUUGCAAUGUUUUAUGCUGUAACUAUUCACUUUUAGCUCUUGUCUUCAGUGCAUGAUCUCGUAUUUUUGCUUUUAUUUUUAGUAAAAGAACAUUUAUAAAGUCACAUUUUUGUUACUGCAAUUUUGUUUUAUUUGUUGUGUGACAAAUAAGAAUAUCUAUUUAUUGUGCUGUUAUCUCUCUGUGUGGAAUGCCUUGGCAAGAGAGAUCCUUAUAUUAUGACUAUUAUCAUUUAUGACCAAACUUCUAUUAAUGUUAUUUCUAAUAAUACACUAUCUUGAUUGUAUCCUCCAGAAAAUUUUACUGUCAAGGAAAAUAAAAGGAAAAUUAAAGUAAACCUAAGGAACU